GUCGGUGCGGAGGCGGGCGCUGCCACGCUGCACUGGCCGACCCGGGCGGCCCUUUCAAGUCCUUCGACACCUUCGGCUGGCAGUGGGACCCUGCCCUGAGCCUGGACGAGAACCUCCUGCGGCUGGCGUCUGCAAACCGCCUCAACACGUUCAAGGCAAAGGGCUUCUUCGCCGGCCACUGCAGCGCCGUAGUCUGCCGCGUCUCCAGCACGAGCAGCGGGCGCGACGUCCACGUCGUCGGCAUGGGCGUCAACGCGCCCCCGCGCUUCGCGCCCGCGGGCGCCGCGGCCGCCGCCGCCGCGGCCGCCGCUCUCGCCGCCGCCCCUGCGUGGCCGCAAGGAGUGGAAACGGAAGUACGAGAUCCACGCCGAGGUGCAGUGAUCGCCCGGUGCGCCCGCUGGGGGCUUCCGGUGGGCGGAGCCUGGCUGUACCCCCCGACGCGUGACCCUGCCGCCGUGCCGGGAGUGCAGCAAGGCGCUCGUGGCCGCGGGCAUCGCGAGGGUGGUCUUCCAGGAGGCGUCGGGGCCGGGCGCCUACAUCGGAAGGAGAGUGGCUGCGGGAGCUCGGCAUCGACAUGGUGCCCAUGGCCCGUUGCGAGGAGCGCGACGCCCACGUGGAGGAGCUGUGGUCCUCCUGGAAGGCCGCGAGGGGCCUCGACCGGAGCGGCCUGCGGGCGCUGA